UCAGUUCGCAGCUGCUGGAAGUGGGGAGGAGCAUAUAAAUUGUUUAAAACAAAAAGCCAGCGUUAACAGGCUUGGAGAAAUGAAGUUAAAAGGAUUAAAUGUUGCUCCUGAAUAGAAGUGAAAGUCCAACGUGGUUCCAUUAAAAUGACUUCUCAACGGUCUUUCCCUGCAGAUGACUUCGGUAUCUACUAUGUCCUUGCAGAGUGCACAGAUUACUAUGACAGCCUUCCAGUUAACGAGUCUGACGAGAAGCAGCCCCCCUUCCAGGGUGUGACCGGCCUGCGGAACUUGGGCAACACGUGCUACAUGAAUGCCAUCUUACAGUGUCUCUGUAGCGUCUCGCCGCUGGUGGAGUACUUCCUCUCCGGAAAGUACAUUACCGCUCUUCAAAAGGAUUGCAGUGAGGUGGCCACUGCUUUCGCCUACCUGAUGACAGACAUGUGGCUUGGAGACUCGGACUGCGUCUCACCAGAAAUAUUUCGGUCAGCUCUUGGCAACCUCUACCCAGCAUUUAUGAAAAAGACACAACAAGAUGCUCAGGAGUUCUUGAUUUAUGUCCUAAAUGAACUACAUGAGGCUCUGAAAAAGUACCACCGAAGAAGAUCAUAUGAAAAAAGAUCUACUCAGAGAUGCAGCAGGAAGAUGAUCGCCAAUGAGACGUCCAUCAUCACUCAGCUAUUUGAAGGGCAGCUCAAUUAUAGCAUCGUAUGUUUAAAGUGUGAGAACUGCACCUACAAAAACGAAGUCUUCACCGUCCUGUCGCUCCCCAUUCCAUCCGAAUGUGAAUGUUCCCUUCAGGACUGUCUCCAGUGUUUUUUCCAACAAGACACGCUGACCUGGAACAACCAGAUUCGUUGCUCCUUUUGUGAAACCAAGCAAGAAACAGCUGUGAGGGCCAGUAUUUCCAAAGCACCAAAAAUAAUUAUUUUUCACUUAAAAAGGUUCGACAUUCAGGGUACGAUGAAAAGGAAGCUGAGAACACAUAUUCAUUACCCACUCACUAACUUGGACCUCACUCCUUACAUUUGUCCAAUUUUCCGGAAACAUCCUAAAUACAACCUAUGUGCAGUGGUGAACCACUUUGGCGAUCUGGAUGGUGGCCACUACACUGCUUUCUGCAAGAACUCCGUCACCCAGGCCUGGUACAGCUUUGACGACACACGAGUCAGUGAGAUUCCAGAUACUUCAGUUCAAACCGCUACAGCGUAUCUCCUGUUCUAUAGCUGCCAGCCCUUUUCUAUACCUAUACAAAAAUGCAAGAGCUAGGAAAAUGGUGUUUCCUCAAUACUACAAAACAAGCAAUCAGAAACUGGUUGUAAAGUUUUCCAUUGUCAUUAAACUCUUACAACUUACUUGC